AUUUACUUAACGCUUAUGGCGGAGCUGCUGCUUCUGUCACAGCUACCCUAUGCGGAUGGCAGAAGUGUCUCAAUUGCGCCAACGCAGCAGCAGACGAUACAGGAGAGCAGCAACUCUGCGAUUAGCAGUAGAAAUUCCACCUCAACCCAGGACCAGCAGAGGAACUCCACAACCCCUUCAGUGUCCACCGAUGAGACUUCUGUCGUUGUCUCCGUAACUGCAGCGGUGCAGCAUUUGCGUCGCAAGAAGCGUGAAACGCGCGUGGAUAUUCCCUUUGAUUUCUUCACGAAUCACAUGCACUGCGACUUCGAUCAAACGGGCACCUACAAGAUACUCGACUUCUUUCCCUUCACUUGCAUUUGGUUGCAAAACAAUAGGCACCAACACGAGGGCUGGUUUCGCAUCUACAUGCAGGCACAGAUGGAGGCAUUCUUCUUCGGGCAGUACUACGAGCGACUGCGACGCUUCGAGCUCGAUCCGCACACCUUUGACUAUCGAGAGACGCAAAUAAUCUAAGACUCUCUAUACUAAAAUUACAUGUAG